AAGACCCAUCCGGGAGCGGUGCUGGAGAUCAUCCUGGGCUGGAGGGGAGGGGGUUGUAUUGCCAUGAAACCUGGAAGCCAGCCGCUUCCCCGGGGGCUGAGCGGGGCUCUCCCCAGCCGCGGGCUCUGUUGUCCGGCUCUUCCUCCCCUCGUGCCUCCGCGCCGGGUCCCGCUCCCCCCGCGGCCCCGCGCCCUGGGACGGGCUCUGCCCUUGCCCAGCCCCGGCGGGCGGGGAGGCGCCUUCCCCGGGCAGCUUGGCAGGGGCCGGGCCGGGCCGGGCCGGGCACUCCCCCCGGUCAUAAGGCCGCGGCCGGAGCCGUAGACCCCGCGGAGCGGGCUGGCGGGGGCCGGGGCUGCAGCCUCUCGCGGGCACCAUGGGCUGCUCCAGCAGCGCCCAGACGCCGAGCCAGGACAGCAGCCUCCCCGCGCCCACGUCGCCCGGCGCCAACGGGCUGCAGCCGUGUGAACUGACACCAGAUGAAAAUACUCCAGUUGCUGAUGAAAAUGAAACUAUACCUGACCAGACAAAGCUAGACCAAAUCCAGGAUGUGGAUGUCAUCUCUGAGGAAUCAAAAACAAAUGAGAGUUUCCCAGCAGAGGCAACAGAAGCUUUGGUUCCAACACCACCAGAAAAUGAUUUAGGCAGUAAAAUAGUAGAUCCCGGAUCUGGGGAGAGCACUGGGCCAACACCUGAAGGACUGGUGGAGGAUGCUGGUCGACUGUCUACAGGUCUGGAAAAAGGCAUGGACCUGCUUCCUGCAGGAGCAAUGGAGGUCAUAGACCUGUCACCAGCAGGAUCACCAGCACCACCAGCAGAGGGCACUGGGUACCCUGCACUUCUCAGGGUACCAGCAGAGGACAUAGGGCUGCUACAUGUGGGACUGGUGGAGGGAAAUCUCAGCCCUGUAAUAGAAAUCACCAAGGAAGUACAAAUUAAUGAAGAGGACCAAUUAAUUGAGGGUGAGACGGGAGAAAAAGUGGAAACUGAGAUGCACAGUAAGAUAGUAAGUGAGGGGAAUGAAACAAAAGAAGAAGAAACAGGAGAAGCUUUGGAUGUUACAGCAGCAACAGAGAUAGAGGCAACUAAUAAUGAGGAAUAGGAGUCAUGUCUUUAUGGACUUCUUCUUGGGCCUAUUCAACUGAUGAAAUCAACAUUCUUUAAUGUUAUGGCUUUUGGAGAAUAUCAGGAUUGUAAAAACGCUUUUAUGGACUUUGACACAAAUAUUAACAAGAGGCACUGGAAAACAUAAGGAUUCUUUCUCCAAAGUCAAAUUGCCAAGGCUUCCACAAGGAUGUAAACUUUCAUCUAUCUGCCAUAGAGUGCCUUCUGCACACUAACAAUUGAUUUUUUUUUUCUUUUUAGAAAACAAAAUAAUUUACUGCAUAGUUUUCAUUUAAGUUAUUUUUUUAACCUGGAAAAAAAAAUCAAACUUAAAAUGUGAGGGGUUCAGCCAUCGUGACUGAAUUAGUAGUAUAUAGGAUGCAAAUAAUAUAGCACAGGAUUUUUUUUUUUUAAUGUUGGUGCUAGAUUGAGAUAUGAAGCUUAAGCACAUUUCUGAUUCUUCACACUAUUCUUGUGUAUUAAGUUGCCCAAACCUGCAAGCAUACGUGGGAUUCAGACCUCCGAGUUCCUGUGUGCAAGGAUUUGGGUAUAUGUGGCAGACACUUUACAGAAUACAUAGAGUGUUCACUUCCAAGAUAAAAUGUCCACAACUGCCUCUCAUUUGUUAGUGUUGUUAAGGAAAAAUCAGCAUGUAUACAUGAUAUAAGGAGUAUAUAUACAUGAUUAUUGAAAUGGAGUGAGGAGAAAAAGUAUUUUUAAAUCUCUUUGAUAUUUUAUGCGCUUACGCUUUGGCCCACCUAAAAGAGUACAAAAGUGAUUACUGAUUACUAAAGCAAAUAUUACAGCAGAUUAACUAACAGUUAUAGUCACUGUGCAGUUUUUAUAAUAAAAUUAUAACUAGUGAUGUAUAUAAACUAGUAAAUUCCUUGUUCCAACAGUGUGUAAUUUCUCAGCUCCAUUUUUCUGAUAGUGUUACGCUUCUAGAAGUGAUUAUAUAUUUAUCUUAACUUUCUUUACUACACAUUAAAGAAUUCUCCCUGGGUUGAAGUUAAUGGUGAAGAUUUCAAACAAUUUCCUUGGAAACAGGCUUGAGUGUGCCUUGCCUAAUGAAUUUGAUAGGUUAUUUGUACUAGUAAUGGCCAUGGAGAAGGUUCUCAUUAUAUCUGGGGGGGGGUUUCUUAUGAUUAGAGAGGUAGUUAGCUAUCUGAGUCUGAAAUCAGGCAGAAGGUAGGGAAGGGCAUACUUUACAAAAGCAUAUGCCCUUCUGAAUGAGUCAGUCUUUAGACUCUCAGUGGGCACACUCACUUUGUGAAGGUCCAAGGUGCCCUGAGCCUGACACUGAGGGGAUUUCUCCCCACCCAGUCUGUCUCCAGGGCUCAGGCAGAGGUGGCUGGGUCCUGGAUCCUGGGACGGCUCCAUGCCAGACCCUGAACCUCAGCUGAGCAUCAGAAGUCAGCAUGGAACAGCCCCAGCAUGCCACACAUUCAAUUUAAGGAGUUAUACACCAGCCAAAAAAAUGUGGCACACAAUAUGUUGAACAUGUGUGUGGAGCAUUGACUAUAUUACCACACCAUAAAUUGGCUUUAAGAUGUGGCACUGUUACUAUUUAUGAUGUGAUUAACAGGUUAACAUCUGUCAGGGCCCUAAGGUGCCACCCUGCCUUGCUUUCUACUUGGGUUUUUGUUUACAAGAUUCCAGCAUAAGAAAUCAGAAGGCUGCAGUCCGGAAGGAAACGUAAAGUUUUUUCCACAAUGGCUGAGCACUGGUUUUAGGGUUAUUGGCUCCCUUUUUUUGAAGGAAUUCACACAACUUAGAAAAAUAUACCCAUGACUUACACAAACAGCAAGAGCCAAACUCUGUAUUACUGCACAAGCACACGACUUUGAUCUGUGUUGAACAUUUAAACUUAUAUCCUUUGCCUUUUUAGCCUUUUACUCUAGUUAUCUCUGGCCAUAUGAGUUUGUUGUUUUCUUACAGUCUUCUGAGUAAAUCGUUAAGAAAUAGAUGAUGGAAUUUCUUAAAUGUUGAUUAAGGUCACCCGUCAGUUUCUGAUUUGUAUACCUCAUUCUAUUUGCAAUCUAUAUUCUUUUUCAAAUCACAGCUAUUUGAGAGGUUCUGUGUUUAACUGCAGUCUGGUAGAUGAAACAGCUGUCAUGGUUGAUAUUUUAGGAUAACAUUUUGCAACUUUUAUAACAUAUUUUAAACCAAGCAAUGCACAUGGUGAAUUUCCCCCUUUGACUUAACUUGUGUAGUUGGAGGUUCUUGGGCCUAUUAAUACUUUAGAUUGCUGAUCAGAAAUGAAAUACAAAAACUGCCCUUACUAACUUUUCUGAUGUACAGAUCCAGUAGUGGCACAAAAUUAAUAAUUAUAUAUUGAAGGAUUCCAAAGCCUGUGCUAAUAGUAUAUCAAAGCAGCAGGUUAGUCAAGAAGACAGCAGCAGCUAAGUUACGAGCCCCUUGUGCACGAGAGUAAGCACACAGUGAACAUGUCUACGCAAGAUGCUCCUGCGCAGUCGUUACUACGUAUUUAUUUAGUACUUGUAUUAACAAGUACUAAAUAAAUGUGCAGUAACCCAAAUUACCACACAAUAGUGCUGGUGAAUGUUUUUAAGUGAUGCUACUGUACAAUAGCCUAAUAAUACCGUGUAGUAGUGUAUUACUACUGUGUGCUGUGAUGCACUACUGUGCAGUAUUAUUAAGCUACUGCACAGUCAGCAUCUUGUGUAGAUGCACCCAGUAAAAGUGUUACAUGCUUAGAGAAGUAAUGAGCAAGCAGUUUAACUAGAUGCAGAGAUUUCAUAUUUUAAGAAGGGUGAGGUGCUCUCAGUCUCAAUGCUUAUGGCUGAAGCAGCAGGGAAAGUAAAUAGUGUGUUUUUCCAGGGGGACUGUAAUUUUUCUGAAGCUAAAUUGUAUGUGUUGCAUUUAAUGUCUAAAUAGUAAAAUUCCCUAAAUAUUAAAACAAAUUAGGGGAGAAACAUUACUAAAUAAGAAUGAAUUGUAGGAGAGAGAUGUGAAAGUAAAGCAUCUUUAAAAUAAUAAAUAAUAAAAGUUAAUGUUUGUUUUGUUCUUUUUUAUUUUAAGUAGCUAAAAUGUGAUUGAACCAAAGUUGAAAUGGUGACUUACUGUUAUAGCUGCCUGUGAAACUGAAUUGCAAGUUAAUAUUGUGCGCAAAAAGGGUCCUAAUCCCGUAUGGUACUUACACAUGUACUUAUCGUUAAGUACAGGAACAAUUCAAAUCAAACAAGACUGAGGCCUAAGAAGCAUCUAUCAGUACUUGUUUUCAUGUUGAAGAGCUGUAGAUUAAAACAUAAGUAAAGUGUUCUUACUUUUAUGGUUUUUGUUUGAGAAAGAAGUCCAUGUGAAAGUAUGUUGCAAUCAAAUUUUACACAAUAAAGAGGUUUAAACAUGCA